CGCAGCCGGGCGAGCGAAGGGGAGGGGACCGGGGCGGAGCUUCUGCUCUUGGCUCGGCUCUUCUCUCCACGUGACCCACCGCCGUUCACAUGACCGCCUAGGCUCAACGAGGAGGCGGGUCAGGAGUAAACUGGAGAAGUCGGAGCUGUAGCGGAACGGUUAGCAUGAAACUCAUCAUUCUAGAGAACUAUGCUCAAGCCAGUGAAUGGGCAGCAAAGUACAUUAGGAAUCGGAUCAUCCAGUUUAGUCCUGGUCCAAGCAAAUAUUUCACUCUUGGACUUCCCACUGGAAGUACUCCGUUAGGAUGCUACAAAAAACUGAUAGAAUAUUGCAAGAAUGGAGAUCUUUCUUUCAAGUAUGUGAAAACUUUCAAUAUGGAUGAGUAUGUGGGUCUUCCAAGGGAUCACCCAGAAAGCUACCACUCCUUCAUGUGGAACAACUUCUUCAAGCACAUCGACAUCUCCUCUGAAAACACACACAUUCUGGAUGGAAAUGCAGCUAACCUAGAAGCAGAGUGUGAGGCUUUUGAAAGAAAAAUCAAAGAGGCUGGAGGAAUCGAACUCUUUGUUGGAGGUAUUGGCCCAGAUGGUCAUAUUGCCUUCAAUGAGCCUGGCUCAAGCCUGGUGUCCAGAACCAGAGUCAAGACCUUAGCUAUGGACACGAUAUUGGCUAAUGCCAGAUUCUUUGAUGGAGACCUCUCCAAAGUGCCCACAAUGGCACUUACAGUUGGAGUGGGUACGGUCAUGGAUGCCAGAGAGGUUAUGAUUCUAAUCACAGGGGCCCAUAAGGCAUUUGCUUUGUACAAGGCUAUUGAGGAAGGAGUAAAUCACAUGUGGACAGUGUCUGCCUUUCAGCAACAUCCCCGCACUGUCUUUGUAUGCGAUGAAGAUGCCACACUGGAACUUAAAGUAAAAACUGUGAAGUACUUUCAAGGUUUGAUGCUCGUUCACAACAAACUUGUGGAUCCACUAUACAGUAUGAAAGAAAUGGGAGGAGAAAAAAGGCAGUCCAAGAAGCCAUAUAGUGACUAGCCUCUUACGAUUUGUACCUACUGGUUAUGCAGUCCUUAAACUCACAUGGAGCUGGGUGAAAACACCCUGCCUUUGUAUCUUGGGAACGGUCGACAGCAAAACACGUUAUUGGAAAAUAUCAUUUUCUGAAUGGUGAGGUAGUAGCAACGGAUGCAGCUACACCAAGCUCUGUUCAGCUGCAGAGCUAACUGUCAGUUUGCCCCCUUUUUAAAGACCAAAUGAGAAAGCAGAGGCUGACUAUUCUCCUUAACAGAGCACUGUAUAACUUAAGGAUUACCGAGAAGGAAAUCUGAACCUGUUAUCUGUUUGCAUAACAAAAAGAUGAUCUGUAACCAAGAAUGGAACGUGAAAGUGUGGAGCUUUUGCUACUAAUUUUUUUAACAUUAAAAUCCGUACAUUUUCCCAAAACAA